AUGAUGUCGACGGAUGUGGCACUGUUGUACGCGCCUGAGCUUAAGAUGGCCGUGGAACGGUUUGCCAACGACGAGGCAUUGUUCAAGAAGGUCUUUGCAUCGGCCUGGGCCAAGGUCAUGACGGCCGACCACUUCAAUGCCAGCAGCUAUUGA